ACAGCUGCACGCACUGGAUGCACUACAGCGAGGCCACCAAAACCCGAGAUUCUUGGGCGCGGAGCCUCCUGGACGAGUUCAAGUCCAACGUGGAGAUGCUGAAGAGUGCCGUGCGAGGCCAGCAGGGGGCGGCACCUGCGCACAGCUCGCCGGGGAAAAUCAACACGUCCUCCACGUCGUGCUUCAGCCCUCUCCCUGAGAGUCCCAAGACGCAGCUCAUGUCCAGCUCCGUGGUCCUCAGGAUGGCCGACUUCAGCAUCUACCAGGUGUCCACGGCGGACCAGCGUCGCUCCAGCCCCAAAACCAUGAUCUCCUGCAACAAGAAAUCCUUGUACCUUCCUCCUGAGAUGCCGGCCGUCCACGUCGAGUUCACGGAGUACUACUUCCCAGACGGAAAAGACUAUCCCA